UUAAGAAGACAAGGACAGAGUGCCACCGGGCCAUAGCAGAUUCUACUGACCCUCUCUCUCUCCGAGCGAAUCCAUUUCUUCCACUACCGCGAUCUGCUCUUCAAAUCCAAAACUCCAAGUCUUCAACGGUCACCUACGAAGCUCCAGCUUCGAGAAACCUCUCCGAAAUUUCGAGAUAAGAAGGAAGGAACAUUUAGCCUUCCUUGAUUUGCUUCCCUACUUCCUGUGUCCCUAGGAUCUCUUCAAGUUCAAUGGCGGCAAUCUCUAUUACUGAUUCUCGUCUUCAACUUCUCUCAUUAAUCCUAAUUACGGUUUUAGUGCAUUGUACUGCAGUACCAGAUAAAUCCGUUGAAGCUACUUCUUCACAUUUGAGCAAAAACUCAGAUCUGGAAUCAAAGGCCAACAGCGGAGGAGCUCCACUCUGGUGCGUGGCGAAGAACAACGCCGAGGAUACAGCUCUGCAGUCGGCCCUGGAUUGGGCUUGUGGACUUGGGGGAUCCGAUUGUGGGGCAAUUCAGCAGGGAGGUCCUUGCUACGAUCGAAGCAACCUCCAGAAUGUGGCCUCUUAUGCCUUCAAUGAUUAUUACCUCAAGCAUGGAAUGACCAGUGAAAGCUGCAAUUUUGGGAACUCUGCGUCCCUCACUUCCUUGGACCCUAGUUGGGGGAAGUGCCAGUUUCCAUCAAAAAGCUCUGUGGCAGUCAAUGGGAGCUUUGGUGGAACAGCUCAGACGGGACCCAUGGGAUAUGAUUUCAGUGGUGAUAAGGCUGUCGACAGAUGGAGUCGGACCCUAGUCAUCACACCCUUGGUUUUCACCUCUACACUACUAGCCUUCCAAUUGUGAUACAGAGAGAGGGAGAGAGAGAGAGAGAGAGAGAGAGUAUAUCCUUCCUUUGUAUGUUCCAGAAUUCUAUUUGUUUGUAGGUAGGUAUUACAAGUUAGAAACAUGGGCUCCAACACUUCCAAAGCAAGCCAAAUUGCUUGUGAUUUCAGGUUUGUUUGUGCAGCUUUACUCUGAUUACACUAAUGUAAUACCCUCUUGGGGUCAUUUACUUAUUUAAUUUCAAAGUCAGCGAUCAA